ACUGGUCACUCCUCAGAGUCUCCGUUUCUGCGCAGAGAUCACAGAGGAACCACAAAAAAGGAAAGAAGGAAAUAUGGGGAGGAAGAAGGGAGUGGUUUUCGACGAGGGAGCUCCAGAUGACUUCGACCCGGAGAACCCGUACAAGGACCCGGUUGCCAUGCUGGAGAUGAGGGAGCACUUGGUCAGAGAGAAAUGGAUCGACAUCGAGAAGGCCAAAAUCCUCCGGGAGAAAGUCAAGUGGUGCUAUCGGGUUGAAGGGGUUAAUCAUCUUCAAAAAUGCCGCCACCUCGUCCACCAGUAUCUCGACGCCACACGCGGCGUCGGAUGGGGGAAAGAACAACGCCCCCCUUCUCUCCACGGGCCUAAAGUCGAAGCCGGAGUGGCUGAGUAAUUUGUUGGAUUCUGUAAGUCGAGGUGAUCGACUUUCCCAUAGAAAGAUGUAUAAAGUGGAGAGAGGCUGAGGUUUGGAGAUCAACCAGCAUGGUGGUGUUGCUGUUAAUUUCUUUUGCUUUAUUAAGACCUUACUGCAUCUUUAAUUUUGAUUUGUAUGUAAGCGCCAAUCAUGAUGGCUUUGGCUCUAGACAUUUUGUGCUCGCCUGGUCGCAUGGAUGCCAACAGCUACUUGAAUCAAAUGAAUUUCGAGGAUAAACAAUAAAUUUUUACAUUCAUCCGUUGCUUUCUAGAGCUGUUCUGAUAAUCUUGAGCUUCUGUAUGGCUUCCAGUUACAUAGAGG